CUGAAAAAAGUAAAUUAAAAAAAGUGAAUUUUUUCUAAACCUUCUUCAUUUUAAAGUUCGAAUAUCUCAGCCAGCAUAUAACAUAAACAAAUUUUGUUUUACCAUUCGAUAGCCAAUGUAAUUCUCUAAAACCGAUAUAAGAUCAGUUUUUCCCAACAAUGCUUCCAUAGUUUGUUAUAAUGAUAAUGGCAAUGUCCAUUCAAAUGGACAUUGGGCUUUAAAGGGUUAAGGUGAAGAAUUUAAAAAUAGAUAAUAAGACAAACACCACCUUAUACAUAAUGAAGUUACAAUUUCACUUGAGACUAGUUUCGUCUUUAUUCAAAAGACAUCAUCAGUCAUAUGAUGGCAAACUGCUGGAUAAAUAAAACGCAUAAAAUAAUUUCAUUAUGGAUAAGAUGUUACGAAUGUUCUACUUCCUUUAGGGUUCCGCAUGAACUCGAAACAAAAAGAUGAGAAUAUGUCUAUUCGAUUUUGCCAUCAUAUGACUGAUGAUGUCUUUUGAAUAAAGACGAAAGUAGUCUCAAGUGAAAUUGUAACUUCAUUAAGUAUGUUUUUAGUUUCCACUGAAUUAAUUUUUGGUGACAAUUUACCAUUAAUCAAUUAUCUGAGCGUAAAUAUUUACGAAAACGAUGAUGACCAACUGGUACCACCACUCCAUAACAACUUGAAAUAUUUGAAACAUUUUACUUUAGUUAGUGUCAGCAUAACAGUUAAUUAUGCGGUUAUCGAAUUGUUAUUACAACAUAUUGCAGAUCAGUUGGAGUAUUUAGCAUUAAAAUUAUCAUUUCGUCUGCGUAGAAUUACAUGGAUCGAUCGUGAUUAUUUAUAUAAAAGCUUUUUAUCUCAUAUGAAAAAUUUAAAACAAUUUCAUUUUUAUCUAACAUGUUCAAUGAUACCAACUAUUUUGAAUGAAGCAACAACAUCGACACAAAUUAUUUCAACAUUUAGAAAUAAUUUUUGGUUAAAUGACAAAAUGUUUCUUGUUGGAUGUUAUUUAGAUCAUUUUAGAGAUGUUUCCCAUUUAUGUUAUAUUCGUUACCACUUCAUUAUGAUAAAAUAUCAUACGUGUCAAAUAAUUUUUUAA